AUGAACUCAGUGAGUGACUUUGCGCUGACAUACGAGGAGCAUGAGCAGCUCGGAGAGGGAGGAUUUGGGUCGGUGUUUGCCGGCGUCCGGAUCUCAGACCAACAGUCGGUGGCCAUUAAACACAUUAAGAGGGACAACGUGGAAUUUUCUCUGGUGAGCAUUGAAAAUGAAGUGUUGACCGUCCCCUCUGAGGCCGUCCUGAUGAACAAAGCUGCUCCAGAUCGGCACUCGGUCGGACUGAACCCCUCGGUGACUCUGCUCGACUGGUACCUCCAGGAUGAAGGCCAGGAGGUGGUUCUGGUGAUGGAGAGACCCACCCCAUCCCAAGACCUGUUUGACUACCAUCAGGAGAAUGGCCCCCUGACAGAAGCUCACGCAAAGGAGCUGAUCCGUCAGGUGGUGAACGCGCUGCUGGACCUUGACUCAAAACAGAUUUUCCAUAGAGACGUUAAUAUGAAAAAUCUCCUGGUUCAGGCGACAGAGUCUGGCCCAAGGAUCAGGGUCAUAGACUUUGGCUGUGGCUGCGGCGCCCAAUCAGAGCCCUUCUACAGUUUCAAAGGAACACCAGAAUAUGCACCUCCUGAGGCCUAUGGGACUGAAGGAUACCGCGCUGCUCCUACCUCAGUGUGGCAGACGGGGGCGCUACUUCACGAACUGCUGCGCUCUAAGAGUGACAAAGGGUUCACCACAAAAGAUUUCAUGAAGGGUUUUCCAUACAUUUCCUUCUUGAGUCUGAGUGGUGUGUCCCAAGAGUGCAGUGACUUCUUGCGGGCCUGUCUGGCACUGGACCCAAACCAGAGGAUCCCUUUGGACCAGCUGAGCCACCAUCCCUGGUUGAGCCUGGUCUAA